CAGCGACCCAUCAUCCAACUUCCUUUCCACACCCGCGAUAACCAUCCAACAUCUCUACCCUGUAUACUCCUCCUGAGAGGAUAAAAAGACCACCAAUGACCACACUCGAUCCCAGCGACUCCAAUUACCAAGUCUUCCGCGAGUGCCUAUCCAGCGCGAUCGUCGAGCGAUCAACCCCGCACCGCCCACAGAAAGCCCCAAAACGACGAGCCCCAAAGACCAAGCGCAACGGACGCAGAGAUGACAGCACACACAAGGACACAGUAGAGACAAAGCCCGCGGGCGCAAGCGCAGGCGCAAACCCAGAAGAACUAGCAGAAUUCAUCGACUUCCUCGCCUCCGAAAUCUUCCCCAACCUCCCAGACUCCCUCAAAACCCUCACCUAUUCCACCCUCCAGCACGACGCCGCCCUGAGCACGCAAUACGAGACCCCUCUCUCCGCCACCACCCGCGACGACCUCACCGCACCGCUCCCCGCAACCGUCUCCGAGACCCUCACCGUCUACGGCCUCGCGCACGACGUGCCCGAUUUCCUCGGAAGAGUCCUCAACGAGUACAUCGAGGGGGCGACGAAGCCGCCGCCCGUGUGGGCGAGCACGCGGACGGACGCGUGCGAAAUCUGCGAGCGUGACUGGAUUCCGCUGUCGUACCACCAUCUGAUUCCGCGGGGCGUGCAUGCCAAGGUGCUGAAGAAGGGAUGGCAUGACGAGUGGAUGCUGAAUAGCGUUGCUUGGUUGUGUCGCGCUUGUCAUAGUUUUGUGCAUCGCAUGGCGGGGAAUGAGGAGCUGGCGCGUGAGUGGUUUACGGUCGAGAGGAUCUUGGAGAGGGAGGAUGUGAGGGCUUGGGCGAGGUGGGUGGGGAGGGUGAGGUGGAAGGCUACCUAG